AUUGCACUGUCAGCAAAUCACAGAAGCGUCGUCUCCUAAAGCAAAAGGAUUUAGAUCUACAGGCCACUUAGGUGUUUAUUCAGCAAUGUCAAGCUCUAGAUUCAUUUCAGAUUCGUUUAAAUAUGUCAAGAGGCCAUCAGCGAAUCAAGUGUUGAAGCGAUCUGAUCAUGUCAGUGGAAAUGAUGGUAUUACUCCUUCGUCAAGUAAAGCAGACCCAAAUGAAUCUAUACCUAGGCCUGGCCACUUCCUCGGAAAAAGUGAAAAAGAUUUCCUUCGUGAAUUUGACAUGAACCUUGAAUUUGGACCAUGUAUUGGUAUUACUCGUCUUGAGAGAUGGGAAAGAGCACACAAACAUGGCCUUCAACCACCUCCAGAGGUGAAGGAACUGGUAAUCCGACACUUUGAUGAUCCGAAAUAUACAGAAUGUGUUUGGAAUGAUUAUGUGAUCUGAUCUAAUAUAAGCGGAGUAAGCGGAGUAAUGGAUGGCAGAUGAAGCUCUGUAUAUAACCAGGAGAGUUUUAUGACAGUUGUCAAAGGGAUCAAAUCAUGUGUUUAUAUAGACCAACUAAUGGUUUUGUUUGAAACUGAUGGGUAGAAACCAUAAUAUUUUGGGAAACAUGACAAUCCAGUGGAAUUUACUUCCUCAACGAACCAUUCCUAUAUAAAUCUCAAAAUAUUACAGAAAAGUAUGGCUAAAAAAGUGCACUUCUUACAUAUGCAGUAAAAGAAGCAAAACAUAUGUUUCAAUUUCAUUCCAGUUUAAAAUUUAUUUAUUGUGCAACAUUAAUUGUUUUUUGCAUUUGAUAAUAAGUAUUUUGUGGUGGAUAACAAACUUUUAAUAGUUGUUUGAUAAGGGGUAUCCACACAACUAUCAAAUUGACUUGAAACUUUGAAAUAGUUCAUGUCAUGAAAAUGUAAUUUCUGGGAUAGAUUAAGGUUGAUAUACAUUGUAUUUCGAUUUAUAAAAAAAGUAAUAUAUUAAAUCUGUACAUAAGUAACAUUUAAUUGAUUUAUUAGUGUUGUUAUUCGUUUACCUUUAAUGCAUCUGCUCUUUAAAAACAUAUUUUGAUACUUUGAUUAUACUGCACAAAUUUGAUAUGAGACAUAGAGUUGCAAAGAAAAUUAUUUCACUAGUAAACGAACAAUUCAUUAGAACAUUGGAAAUUUCAACACAGUUAUCAGUGACACAAAUCUAGAUGUGUUAUAAGCAAGGUUUAUAUACAGGUGUUCAUCAAUGUGUAUUUUAUCAUAAUGUCACCAUAAGCAAUAUUUCUUAUCAUUUUUAUCAUUAUUCAUUGAUAUAUAUUUUAUAUAUAUAUAUUUAUAUCUGUCAUUUUUAUGUAUGAUUAUGUCUAUAAUAAUUUACACUUUAAUACUAUUUCAUACCUUUAAUUUUACCAAUGGCUUGAGAUGCCAUCAAUGAUACAGUGUUUGAUAUACAUGUAUAUUUCUUAUAAUGAAAAAAUGAAAAGCUUUCAUUUUGAUUACAUUUAUUUAUGAUAUUUUUAUCAGUUAUACAUUUUGAAAUUAACUGUAGUUUGCAAAUGUAAAAACAAAAAGUAAACUUGCAUGUACAUUUAAGUAAUCAUGCAUUGAAAUCAUGUUUAGAAAGUAGAAUAUAUUGUGGAAAAUUUGUUUUGUGUUACAAUGCUUGUAAUUUUCUCUGGACAAUAGUAUUCUAGAUUAUUUUAAACUUAAAUACGCUGGUGCUGAAUAUAUUAAUGCUAACUUUUAAGAAUUUUGUUGUAGUUUAAUGUUUUCUUAUUGUAUAAACAUAUUUACUUUGUUUAAGCAUACCAAAUGUUUAACAAUGUACUGUUACCAUAUUUCUAGCCAUACUUGUAUUUAUGUAAACAGUAUGUACCAAAGUACUCACAUGUUUAAUGUUUUUGUAUGAUGCAGAUCAUUUUUGUUAUUAAAGACAUCAUUUUUGCUGCAUUUUAAUGAAAAUGACAAAAAAAACCCACAGUUAUCUCCCUUGAUUUUCUAACAUUUUUAUUUUGGUUUUUUUAUCCACUUUCUUUUCGUUUUCUUGUGUUGUCAACUUGUAUAAAAAGUAAAUAAAUCAUUUGUGGGAAGAUUGAAAAAUAUAGUUGAUGUUUUUCAUUUAAUACAGUUUACUAUUCAUAUAAUGUUUUGAAAUUAAAAUACUCUUAAUAUGAUUUUUUGAAAUUAAAAGAAAUAUCUAUACGAUAAGUGAGAAUAACCAAUCAUUUACUGAAAGCUAAAAUUAAGUACUUUUUGUUGCCAUUGGGAUGUGGAUAUUUCUAGGUUUUUGUUAGAUUUUUCAUCACUGUUUGACUUUGAAUGAGAUUUUAUCAAAUAUGCAUUGUAAAGAUCAUUUAAGUCUAGUCAUGACUUAAAAUAUGAGAAGCUCAUUGUUUUUAUAUCAGAGAUAUAAGUUAUUUUCAUUGCCAUUUUGUUAAACAAUUC